AUGAAGACCGUCGGGUUGUUGCUUAUAUUCGUCGUACUCUUUGCAUCGUUACCUCUUCCGACAAAAACUAUCCAUGCCGGCGGCAGUAGAUCCGAGGGGAAUGGAAAAUCAUGUGAUAAAAGUAAGAUUCAGACGUGCUUGUAUUCUCUUGGUAGUGAAUUAAAGAUUUCAGUUUCAUGUUGUGACAUUUUGAAAGAGCAGCAAUCAUGUCUGUGUGAUGUAAUUAAAACCACCAAGAGCAAAGCCCUUAUCUCUCGUCUCGAAUCGUGUGGUAUUCCUAAACCAAAAUGUGAAGAUAACAACAAUAUGAUGCGAACACGGAACAGACUGGUCCGAGAUACAAAACCGAACUAAUUAAGCGGUUUCUCAUUUUUUUUUUAAUAUGUAUAUAUAACGAUUUUGCGUAAUUAAAUUGCAUUCUAGUGUCUAAUGUUUACAUGAAAACUUUCUCCACAUUUCCAACUUAAUUCCCUUGUAUUUGUAAAGUUAUAUUCCUAUCUGUACAUAAGAAUCAAUGAUUUCAUUAUCAUAUUUUGUAUUGUAUAUCUAUUUGAACAAUAAAAUAAAAGAUACUUUUAUUUA